AGUUUCUGUAGUCUAAUGAAGAAUGCGCAGCUCAGGUUCCACCAAGUGCGUCGUGUCUGUAAUCUCUAGUGUAGGUUUUGUUUAUAGUUGUCUUCUGUACAAGACAACAUGGUUGCGCCGUCGCCGGUAAAAAUCGGGGCUGUGACACCGGUCGACGGAACAAAAGUGGCCGCACAGGUGAAGGCGCAGAAUGAAGAUCCAGCUGCAAUCACGGUGCUUUUCUCGAAAAUGAAAAUAUCUGGAGCCAACUCCAUUUUCAGUUGGCUUUUCGUGCACCCGCUCGGAAGUGGUGCAGCCGAAAAUGCUGCAAAGACCCUCAAUGCAACGCUCCACCUUCCAGCAGAGACCUUUGUCGCGAACGCCAUCAAGAAUAAGAUGGUCCAGCCCUGGGCGACCGGCGCCUGGAACCGAAUGCUGGCGGUAGUCUUGGUCACGCUCGUGAUGGGCUGGUACCCGAUCAUCGUGUUCGUUUUGCCGAAUUUCAUCACCUGGCACCCCAACCCGGAGCACAACUUCGCCUGCUACUUCGUCGGAAAUCUGCCCAUGAUGUGGCAGCGAUUUGCUCGUAAUAAAAUUCUAUGGCGUUCUUUCGUUUGUUUCUGAGUUCUCUGUCGUUUUUCUCAAUAGUACUAGAUGUAGUUCUACUCUUAUGGUUUUACUCAUAUCCGAAAAAAAUUACGCAGCACGAUGAUAAAGUCGAGUCAUGUGGAGGUCUUUACACAACAACAAAAUUUUACCGUUUCCCAAAUAAAUUGUUCCAGUUUUCCCAAUUCCGCACCUGGUGAUUUUCUGGAGUUUCGCGGUUCUCCGUUUCCCCGGCACCACCUGCUGGAAUUGGUACCAGCGGAUUUUCCACUUCGUCUGGGGCGGCGUGAUGCCCGUCAUUUACGCGCUCGACGAGGUGUACGGGUCACCGCUGGAUGAGUACGGGAUUCCCGAGUCUUCCCCCACGCACAAGCUGGUAUUCACCAUCGGUCUCGUCAUUUCCCACCUUGCCUUCUUCACGUCCGCGGUAGUGUCGAUCUACGACGCGCGGCAAGCGCGGAACAGUUUCCGGGAAUGGAAAGAAGAACUGGCAGACCAGUUGCUCUUCGUGGACAGGUAUCCACCGCAAAAGUAUACUCGCGCUCGUAGUGAAAUUGCAGUUAUGCAGGGGAAAUCUCGCCACGACGCGCUGGCUGGUCCAGGUUGAUGGGCUUUAUUUUUCAGAUUGAAAAACAAAAAAUUUGCGAUGCCAAAGAAUAUACCCAGUAUCUUUGCGAUGCAUACUAGCAACGUCGGCGUUAUCGAGGACGAAACCAUCGAAGAGGACGAGCUGGAGUUACGCAUUGCAAAUAUGUCUGAGCAGUCUGGGUGUGAAUUUGUGCUGCGAGAUCUGAAGGUGCGAAUUAAACCGUAAGAAGCCUCGCAAGAGGACUUCUAAGACAGUUGAUGUUCUAGUUCUGUCCUACUAGCGGCCGCUCUGCGACGCGAGUAUUAGCAACACAAAUUUCCAGAGUCCAGUCCCAGACAUAAUAUUUGCAUUCGACAAUAGUAUCUCAACGUCAACAGUGUUGAAAGUACUCAUCAUGGCAGUAGUGUGUUCAACAAGCGAAUAACUUCUCCCGGUGCAGCAGCGCCAGCGCGGAAUAUCCCACCUAUUCCUCACAAAGAGAAACUCGCUUACUACGACGAUGUGCGCAAAUCGUACGAAAAGGCAGUUCUCGUCCUGUCCUUCAUUGGCCUCGUGGGCUUCGUGUGCGUAGUGCGGAGUGUGCAGUUGCUGUGGAAUGCGGGCGUUGGAGGCUGCUUUCUGAACCAGUAUAGAGAUGCGGAGCCUCUGCGUUUAUUUUUUUUUCAUGCUGCGCAGCUAUUGUUCUUGACAUGAAACAAGAAUGGUUUUUAGCAUGCUGAAAUGAACCUAUCAGUUCGGCAGCGCAACUAAAGAAAAAACCCACACAUUUUAAAUUUCAGAAUUGUCGGCGUCACCUCUGUGCAAAACCAGUGUCACUGCGAGUCGGCCACACUUUGGUCCUGCUUCUUCAUGAUGUUUUGGUUCUACGUCGGCAGCUUUCUCCCACUCUGCGCCCUGGAUACCUGCACGUAAAAUCAACCGUCGGAGUUGUGGAGGAGCACGGUCUGAAUUCUGAAUCGGGGCGGACACUUUUUUACUCCUCGUAUUUAUUUUUAAAUGAAAGAACUGCCCGAGCCAGGAGGAGUCUCAACUGUACCUUUUCUUGAAUUCGUUUGUAAGUAGAUUUGAGAAUAAACUUUUCCUAGAAAAUUAAUACAGCCAUGUGCUUAUUAUCUGUCAUGGUUUCAAAGCCGGAUGAAAAUGAAUAUGGACCUUGUGGUUUCUACUUGAACUAGCCAAGUAUCGCUGCAUGUGUCAAGCAACCCGAGAAAGUAGAAACUUGAAACCGACAGACCCCGGAUUUUCUUGCUUGACCUAGAG